UAAUUAUGAUAAGUCUUAAAACCAUCAUAUAUAUUGUUUUUGUGGGCAAAUGCAUUUACGUGUGACAUGGGGAAUUGAUUUAGCCAAAAAUCACUUUCUUUGAUUGAGAAAAUUAAAAAAAAAAAUAGCCCAUGACCAAAUCAAUACAAUUUUGUGGAUACAAAUCAACAAUUGAUUUCCAUGUCUUGUUUUGGUCAAAGGAAAAGUAAAUAUAGAUAGACUAUAAGCAUGCAGUCUUGUCUUGUGGAUACAAAUUUUCAAUUGACUUCCAAGUCUCCCAUGACAAUAACUUGUUUCAUCACAUCACAUGCAUGGGCAACUUAGUCAUCAUAUUUGUAACUUGUAAAUUUUUGGUUAUAAGUUAGUUUUUUUUUUAUAUUUUAUUUUUAUUUUCAUAUACACUCCACAAAAUGCAAUGUCAAGUCUUGUACCCUUCUCCAGCAUACUGUUAGGAACAAGCUAAAAAAUCAAAAAUUAAAAUACGUUUCCUUUCCUUGACACAUUAACAUUGUUACAUCAAAUAAUACUAAAAACAACUUGUUCUGUUGUAUCUAGUUUUUUAAAUCGUUGAAACCAAAAAUCAUUUUUAUAAUAUAGAACAAUAAUUUACAAAAAUUUAUAAUCUAUCUUUGAUUUCUCAAAACUCCAUCUUUACCUCCUAAAAAUAUAAAGCUAAACUAGUCUUGAACACGGGUGUUAUAAAGGUCAUGAUUUCUGAUCAAUAUACUUACACAACACUCAUAGAUGGGCUAUCCAAAGCAAAAAGAUUGGAAGAUUCAAAUAUGGUUUUAGAAGAUAUGUAUAUUACUUUUUUUUGUGGCAGAUUUUUGUGAUGAUUAGGAAAUUUGUGAGGUAGUGCUGGUUGUGAUCGUGGCAAAAAGAGCAAUACGGUGGUGGUGUAUGGCUACAUGAUGGGGAUUUGGAGACCCUAAAAGCGUUUCAGGUAGCUUCUAUUUAAAUAAUCAAUGAACCAGAUAACUGUCUUAUUUGAAAUAAUAUUAUUUUAUGUUCAAAUCAUGAUUUCUACAUGUCUCCUACUCAACUAUAAAUAGAACCUUAUACUUUGGAAUUUUCAAGUACUCUUUUUUUAGAUACUAGAUCCAAAAAUUGAUCCUCUCUCGCCUCUCUCCUAAUCUUUCUAUGGUUCUUGUGUUGUGGGUGUGAACCAUUAGAGGCUCGCACACAAAUAGAGCUUGUUUUCAAAGAUAAUUCUAGAUUGCUUUGUUGGAAUCAAAGAUUUGUUUACAAUAACAAAUAAAAGGUAUGCAAUUUUGUGAAUUUUGCUUUCCAUUAGGGUUUAGAAGAUUUGAUGUUCAAUAAUAUGUUGCUUAAAUAGUGUUAUGACAUAGAUCAAAGUAGGUUGCACGUACCCUUAAGAAUAUAAUGAUUUUUCCGUAUUAUUACAUGUAAAACCUAUCAAUAUCUUAUAUAAGUUAACAAUGACAAAAAUAUGAUUAAAGUCACCAGAUACAUCCCUCGUUUGACAUGGUCCUCAAACAUAAGAUUUCAUGAAUAUAGCAUAUAAUAUCCUAAAAGGAAACCUAUUAUAACUUUUCAGAUGGUAAAAGUAAUAUGAUUAUUUGUUACAUGUUUUUUAUUCAUUUGGUGAUGAUAUUACUAGCUUAUUAAAAAAAUCUAUUAUCACAAUGUUUUUUCAAUCUUAUUCAUACAACAAGGAACAAUGCCCAAAUUAUUCAUAAAUAAAUUUCAUUAAAGUAUAUUUCUGGUAUACCCGAAAAUACCUAACCCGAAUCAUCAACCCGGAUACCCGAACUAUAAGACCCGAAUUGUAAAUAGUUUAGGUUUCGGUUCAUAUUAUUUUAUGAAAAAACUUGAAUUACCCGAAGCUCGAAAAUUACCCAAUCAACAGACCUAAUUAGCAGUAGUGAUUAGUAGUAGAUAAUAAGCAAUAAAGAAAAGAUAAAACAAGGGAAAAUUAGUCCUAUGCUAAAAGCAUAACAUCUAAACAGUUAGAUUUAACAAUGCAGGGACCACAAGUGGUAACAAAACCCUCCAUAGGGAUCACCCAUGACAAAAAGCGAAUAGUAGGACCAAAAGCGCUAUUUUGGCAAAACCAUAGGGACCAAAAAAGUGUUUUACUCUAAAAUGAAUUAUAUAUAUAUUAAAUAACGGAAAUAUGACCAGAUCUCGUAUCAGAUGAAAACGAGGAAGUUCGAGUAAAGCGAAAGACGGAAGAAGGAGAAUUCAUGAAGUAAAUCUAUGAAUUGAAAAUAUAGUACAGUCGUUUUAAGCAUAUGGCUUGUAAUAUUGAGGAGAAAUCAUUCUGGGUUGAACUGGGUGCCGAUUUAGUCGAGGUUUUCCGUAUCUCAGUUACUUGCAAGUUGCAACAAUAUAAUUUCUUCCUUUAAUUUGAUAACAUCAAAAAGAUUAGGGUCCCACAUUGACAAAAGCUCACCAGAUCUUUCAAUUGCCUCAGCUACUGGCCUACUGCAUAAUUGCAGGUCAUUGAAGAUGCAUCAUUAUAUUCCAAACCAUGUCACAGGUCAUUUUUUUUUAACUCGAGUGGCCACAUAUUCUUGUUUGGGGGUUGGAAAUGUUAGUGUCAUUUGCUCUGAGCAAGAGCGAGUUGCUCUCCUCAAGUUCAAACAGAGUGUUGAAGAUCCUUUUGGAAUGUUGUCAUCAUGGGUUGGAAAUGAGUGUUGCAUGUGGGAACGAAUCCAGUGUGAUGGUGUCACUGGAAAUGUUCAACGCCUUCAUCUCAAAGCAGAUGAUUACUACUACAUAUCUGGUAAUAAGGUGAGCUCUUCUUUGGCAGAGUUGAGGCAUCUCAAAUACCUCGACUUGAGUCAGAAUUAUUUUCACGGAAGUCGGAUCCCUGAGUUCAUUGGAUCAUUGAAACAGCUGACCUACCUCAAUCUCUCUGAUGCUGAUUUUCAAGGUAUUAUUCCUCCUCGCAUUGGAAAUCUUUCUAAUUUAAAGGUUCUUGAUCUCAGUUCAAACCAUCAUGAGCUGAAGGCAGAUGAUAUGGCAUGGGCUUUUGGCCUUUCGUCACUCGAGCUUCUCAACUUGAGUUCAGUGGAUCUUAGUGGAGCACAAAACUGGGACAUGAUGCUUCACAUGAUUCCCUCCUUAAAAGAGUUAAGUUUGUCACGUUGUAGACUUUCCAAUGUUAAUCUUGGUCCUUUUCUUAAUUCCAGUAGAAUACUUCCUAAUAUAAAACACCUCGAUCUUGGCUACAAUUCUUUCAAAGGUCCACUCCCUGGCCUUCUUCAAAACAUGACAUCCCUAACAUUCCUCAGUCUUUCUGGAUUUAAUCAUAGUUUAUUGGCAUGGAACUUUCCAAAGCUACUAAGCAUGAUCCCUUCUUUGUCAGAGCUUCAUUUGUCAGGUUGUGGGCUGGAUAAGACGCAUCUAUCUUCUCCACAUCUUAAUUACAGUACACUUUCUAACAUCCAGCACCUCGAUCUUAGCAAUAAUCCACUUGGGGGUAUAUUUCCAUCUGUAUUGACAAACAUGAGCUCCCUAGAAGUCCUUGACCUUUCAGAUACCAUGCUGAAUUCAUCGCUUCCUAUUAUGCCUAAACUUCUAGAGCUUCAUGUUUCUGGUAACAAGUUUAAGCAGAUUGAGGAUGUUGGAAUCUGGAGACAGUGCCACCUGAAACAAUUAAGUGUAACAGAUAAUGAGUUUGCUAUGGAAAUGAUUGACACACCAAAAAAUGCAUCAGAGUGCUCCAUAUAUGCUUUGGAGUUUCUGGAAUUAAGUCGGAGUUUAAAUGGUAGAAUUCCAGAAACACUUGGAGGACUGGCAAACUUAAGAGACCUUGAUCUAUCAUACAACAAACUGACUGGUUCAAUCCCUGAAUCUCUAGGAAGAUUAAGAUUUUUACAAGUACUAUAUCUAUCUGAAAACCUAUUGAAUGGUUCAAUUCCAGAAUCCCUUGGAAAAUUAGCAUCUUUAACAGAUUUGGAUCUAGGAUCUAAUUUAUUAGACGGGACUAUUCCAGUUUCGAUUGGGCAACUUGCCAAACUCCGUACUCUAUUUAUCUCUAACAAUUCUUUAGAAGGAGCGGUUACCGAAGCCCAUUUUGCUAAUCUUUCAGUGUUGAAGCUCUUGGAUGCUUCUUCUAACACUAAGCUGACAUUCAAUGUUUCAUGUGGGUGGAUACCUCCAUUCCAGUUGAUAUAUCUUAGUCUCAGCUCUUGUAAUAUCGGGAAUGGAUUUCCGCAGUGGCUUCGACAUCAGAGGAAACUUCAAUGGUUAGAGUUUUCCAAUGCUACACUUUUGGGGCCGCUGCCCACAUGGCUGCGGAAGAUGCCCAUCAUUAAUUUCUUAGAUCUCUCUCACAACAAACUCAGCGGAUCUUUGAAAAACCUUCCUAAUGCAGGAAAUGGUGAUGUAUAUUGGUAUGUACCUGUAUUACUUCUGGAAUAUAACCUUUUCAGUGGGUCAAUUCCACGGUCAUUAUGCAGAAGAACAAAUUUGGAAGUGCUUGAUCUUUCAAGAAACAUGUUAAGUGGGAAAAUUCCCAACUGUAUGGGGAAUCUGCAGGGUUUGACUGCCAUGAGAUUAAGCUCAAAUCAGCUCUCUGGUGCCAUUCCUAGUUCAAUUGCUCUUAUUUCAUCAUUACUUUGGUUAAAUUUGAACAAAAAUAACUUUACUGGUGAAGUUCCUCCAGAAUUAGGGAAUCUCCAAGGUUUGGGAGUCUUAGAUUUGGGUGACAAUAAAUUAUAUGGAAAUAUACCCAAUUGGAUAGGGAAAAAACUUACAUCUUUGGUAGUUUUGAGUUUACACAAAAACAACUUUACUGGUAGAAUUCCUCCAUCUCUUUGCAAAAGUUCAAAUCUUCAAAUUUUGGAUCUUGCAUACAACAACUUAACCGGAACCAUCCCUCCGUGUGUAGGAAACUUAAAUGGCAUGGUUGUGAGUCACUCGAUAUCUGAGCAUUUUUUAGAUAUCGAUGAUGAUAAGAAUGUGAUUCAGGUCAUGAAAGGUGUUGAUCUUGAAUAUACAACAACUUGGGAAAUAGUUUAUAACAUGGACCUUUCAAGCAAUAAACUUGUGGGAGAAAUACCUGUUGAGUUCACUGCACUUUCCAUGUUGGUGGGUCUGAAUCUGUCUAAUAAUCAUCUGAGAGGGGGUAUUCCAGACAGCAUUGGAAAGAUGAUGAAUUUGGAAACUCUUGAUUUCUCAAAAAACGAGUUGAGCGGGAGGAUCCCUUCAAGCAUGGCGGCUUUGACUUUUUUGAGCCAUUUGAAUUUGUCACACAACAACUUGUCGGGUCAAAUUCCAAUAGGAAAUCAACUGCAGACGCUUAUUGAUGAUCCAUCAAUUUAUGCUGGGAACAAACAUCUAUGUGGACCUCCAUUGCAAAACACUUGCUCAAAUCAUCAAGAUUCAACAACAACAACAAGCAAGAAGAAACACAAAGCAGCUGAUGAGAAGAUGGAGGUAUGGUUGUUUUAUGUGGAUAUAAUGAGUGGUUUUGGAACAGGUUUUUGGGGUGUUAUUGGAGUUCUGAUGUUCAAGAAGCAGUGGAGACACAAACUUUUCAUGUUUGCUGAGGAAACCAUGGAUAAGAUAUACGUUGCAGUUGUGGUAAGAGUUGCCAAGUUCAAGAGAGGAAGAGAAUAGCUGUGUAGAUCAUGUGGAAUGCAAGUAGUUCUUGAAUGCAUGUUAUCAGUGAUAGUUUUGCUUUUGAGAUAUGCUUAUUCUAAUGUAUUACUAUUUGGAUUUUGUAUUUGUAUGGCCUUUGUGAUCUCAGUGUUGUUUAGAGGUGCUAAUUUACAAAAUUUCUUUUGGAUUUGGUAUUUAUACAUGAUCAAGUUGUAGAUUUAGAUUACUAUGUAUUUGAGUUGUAGAUUUUUUUUUUCUUUUUAAUUCUCGACCUUCUGCUGCUGUUCUCACUCCCAACAUGGUGUUGUAUCCCCCGGUUUUCAUCUACAUUGGUCCAAGUAAGUAAGAAACAUGUAAUUGACUCAUUAUUUAUUUUUUCAUUUGUAAAAUUUCUAGUUUUUUCAUGUAUAGAAAGAGGAUGUUUGGGUGAAAGGUGGAGUUUUUUUUUUGUUGGAUUUGGUUUUUAGAUAAGACUAUUGGUCUUGUAUGAAUCUGCAAUGGCAGUGAUCUUGGUUGAUUGUUUGAUUAUAUUCUCAUGAGAUUGCAAGUUAUGAGAUUAGAUUAGGGUUAAUCUCAUAUUUUUGUGUUUGUUUGUAUGGUGUUCAGUCUAUUCAGACAAUCACUCUGACUAACAUGAAGUUGUAUUGUAUGUAUUUGUUGCAUUAAACUGGUGGUCCAUUUUACCCUUCCUGAAGAGUAAGAUGGUUUUGGAUAGGAUAGGAUAUCUAUGUUUUUCUCAUCAUCAUCUAUGUUAUGUAAUCCUCCACAAGGCAUAUCAUCAUUGACAAUAGAUGUAAAGAGGGUCUUAAAGUCACUUCUGAUACUAUAUUAUUUCUAAGUUUAUGAUAUUUUGUCGGUUUUUUUGAUUUUGGAUUUUUCUUGACCCAUCCCCCUUUCUACUUAUGUGUUUUAAGUUUUUCAUAUAUUGUAUCAUGCGUAACCUUUUUCUUUACUUUAUACAUUUUGUUUCUUAAUUUA